AUGUCUACUGAAUUGGCUAGUGUUAAUGUACCUAUAAUCUCUGAUGAUAUUCCAGAAGAACUACAGACUCGCUAUACAUAUUGGAAGAAGAACACUAAGCUACUGUACGAUUACUUGAACACCAAUACUACAAAAUGGCCUUCACUCACUUGCCAAUUCAUGCCUGAUUUAGAUACAGCAUCAGAUAAACAUCGCUUACUUCUUUCCUCCUUUACGUCAUCACAGCUGGUAGAUGAUGAAGCUGUUCUCAUCAGUGAGGUAUCAACGAUGAAACAUAUUCCUUGGAGUUCAUUAAGCAAUUUUGAUAUGGAUGAAAUGGAAUUCAAAAUAGACAACCAGACCAAAUUACCGAACAAGAACCUUGUGGAAACGGUGAGAAUACAGUUCCCUGGCGGUGACUGCAAUCGAGCGCGCUAUAUGCCGCACAAUCCUGACGUAAUUGGAACAAUCUCAUCAAAUGGUUCAGUCUAUAUACUAGAUCGUACAAAGCAUGGGUCUAAUCGACCUUCGCUUCUGGGUAAGACUGGAAAGUUUGAAAUUGAACUUCUUAACCUUGAGGCAAGUCAAGAGACUGGAGAAGCAUUGUCAAUUGCGUGGAAUUGGCAAAAAGCCGGCACUCUUGCUACUUCUUACGCUAACGGUGACAUCAACAUCUGGGACAUAACGGAGUUUCAAAAAGACCAGCCUAUCAUGACCCAUCCCACUCUAAGUACUCGUCUAGAUGAAGGUGGAACAAACGAAGUGUCCUGGAUGGUUCAUCACACCUCUAUUUUAGCCGCCGCAGGGGAAGGAAAUACACUAGGAAUACUGGAUACAAGAGCAUCCUCAUCAUUUACUCCUACUAAAGUCAAUCACCAUGAAGGAAUUAAUACAGUGCAAUUUAACUAUGAUAAUGAUAUGCUACUUGGGUCUGCAGAUUCACAGGGUACUAUUCAUUUGUGGGACAUGCGCGAUCUAACGUGCCCGUUGAAAACAUUCUAUCAUGGCGAUUCCGUGUCUACAAUCCAAUGGAAUUCUAAGAUACCCUCAAUAAUUGCUUCUGCUGGUCAAAAUGAAGGCCUAGUCAAGAUAUGGGAUACAGUCAAGCAAGAUCCUGAACUUCUUUUCGUGCAUGGAGGACAUUUAUCAGGCGUUAAUGACAUAUCAUGGAAUCUACACGACCCAUGGGUUAUUUGUAGUGUAGCGAAUGACAACUCCACACAUAUCUGGAAGCCAGCGUCAAAUAUAGUGGGUCAUAAGAUGCCAUAA